ACAAAAUGCAAAAAAUAAUCUUUUUGUGUGCUUUACUGCCAUUAUCAUGGUCAAAACCCAACGUUACUCUUAUCGAAGAAAUUAAUUCCCAACAAUCAGCAUGGAAAGCUGGAAUUAAUACUAUUGAUGACAUCGAAUCCCGCUUAGGAUUUUUGGGAAUACACCCAGAUCCCAACUUCAAACUUGAAUUGCAAGAACCCCAAAAAACCCGAAGGGCAAUCCCUGAGACUCCAGACGCUCGAGAAUAUUGGCCCCAGUGUAAAGACGUAAUUGGAAAUAUUCGUAAUCAAGGUCGUUGUGGCUCGUGUUGGGCAUUUUCUACGGCUGAAGUCAUGUCGGACCGAUUGUGUAUAGCAACCAAUGGGACAGUAAAAUUCGAAUUUUCGCCAGAAGAUCUCAUCAAUUGUUGUAGUAAUUGUGGAAAAAAAUGUAAUGGGGGUUACACUCUUUACGCUUGGCAGUAUUAUAUGACGUCAGGAGUCGUGUCUGGAGGUGAUUACAACACGUCAAGGGGCUGCCAACCCUACUCUGCAUCGAGUUUCAUAUAUGGGAUUGCGCCUACGUGUAGUAAAACUUGUCAAAACGCCAAAUAUGCCACAUCCUACGACACUGAUAAGCAAGUCGGUGGAUCCCCUUAUCAAAUUCCGGGAAGUGUCACGAGUAUCCAAAAUGAAAUAUUGAAAAAUGGUCCAGUCAUCGCCGGCUAUGAAGUUUAUGAAGAUUUCCAAUUUUAUCAAAGCGGGGUUUAUUCUCAUAUAAGUGGUGUUGAGGUUGGACGUCAUGCUGUUAAAAUUAUUGGCUGGGGGACGGAAAAUGGAGUUCCCUAUUGGUUGGUUGCGAAUUCGUGGGGGAAAGAAUGGGCAAAAUUAGGCGGGUUGUUUAAAAUUAAAAGAGGAACAAAUGAAUGUGGAAUUGAAGCGUCGAUUAUAAGCGGAUAUGUGGCCAAUAAGCCGGCGCCAGGAUCGGGGGUCAGGGUUCUAGGGUCCGGAGUUGGGGCUGUUUUGGCAAUGACGUUGUUUUAUUUGUUAAAAUUUUAAGAAAAAUGAAGUGACCACAUUCACUGAACCACUAUUUAGUUCUAAACGAAUGUCGUUCAACGAAUACUUUCCCUGUUUAUUCUUUGUUAUGAAUAAAUUAUUUUUAUA